AUGAGAAGCCGCCUGCAACUGACAACCAGGUCAGUGGAAUUGGAUAGAAUAAGAAAGGCAAUGAGGCUGGGCCAGCCAAGAAGAGAAUUCGGCCUGUCGAGACGGCGUGCCCUGACUAUCCGAAGCUGUAACAGCCGGACUGCUGCGCCAGAGCACGCGGUGUCGCAGAGCCACACAGGGUCAGGAUCCUUGACUGGAAAUAUCGGAAAUUCAAUUGUGACUCUUAUUGUCAUCAUUCACAAUCAAAAGAUCCAGAUUGUUGGAUGGUAUUUCUGGGUUGGUGCUGGAAACAUCGUCCGAGAACACCGCCCAGCUUCGGCUCGCCGACAGGGAGGCGGGAACCUCUAA